AAGCACGUCGUUUCUGUUGUAUAAUACAAUGGGAUAUAUUGGCACUUUGUUCACCUUCGUCGUGGCUUUGUCUGCUGCCAGCGCAGGCGUCAUCGCUCCCUCAGCCGCAAUUAUUCAAGGACCCAGCAGGAAAACUACCCUGGUCGGUCCAGAAGGUAGCGUCAUUUCUGCUGUAGCUCCCGGUGGACAAAUCAUCACCGAAGAGCACCCAGGAGUAGUAGCCCACGCUGUCCCAUCUCAUGGUCCAAUUGUCGCUGCACCAGUCCACGCUGCCCCAGUAUACGCCGCCCCAGUCCAUGCUGCCCCAUUCGCCGCCUCUCCAGUCCAUGGUGUUCACGCCGUAGCUCCUCAGGUCAUAGCUGCUGUUAUAGUUGAUGAUGUUGCAGCUUUCCCAGCCGGUGCUGCCCAUCACGGAGCUUCAUUUCUUCACGCUAUCCCCGCUGCACAUGGGGUUGCGGAGGGUCAGUACGUCCAUGACCACGCCGAGGCUUUGUACGAUGAUGGUUCCUACAAACCUCAUCUGCACUAGUUUGGUGGAGGAUUGUUCCACGAAAGAAGUUUGCCAAAAAUUUAUUAUGUAUUGA